AUGGCUUCCGAUUUUGAGCCCCCGUUCUUCAUGCCUUUCGUCUUGUCUUUCCCUUCGACACAUGGACGCAAACCCAUGUCGAUACCUGAUACAACGCAGUUCUCUGGUGUAACACAAACACUCUUCGGAGUACCCUGCGCUACCCCUGACGAACCAUUUUACGUGGGGACAUACAAUGAGCUUUACCUUCUUCGCCUCAUGGUGCCUGAUAGUCGUCGGAGUUCAGUUCCGAACAAAGUGCUCGCCCGGAUCUCUCGAGAUGAUAAGGCGAGGUCUGACAUGAGUAUAGAGUCCGAGAUAGCUACGAUGGUAUUCGUCAAAUCGAGGACCAAAAUACCAGUUCCUACCGUUUAUGGCUAUUGUCCCACCCGCGAUAAUGUCAUUGGCCAGCCAUUCUCGAUAUUAUCAUUCACAGAAGGGGCAGAUAUGAGCAGUCCCGCUUGGGAAAAUUUGCCCACACAAGUCAAGCUGAAUGCUAUUCGGGAUUUUGCCCACGUCGUGCUCGAACUUUACAGACUCAGAUUCGACCGAAUAGCUUCCAUCUAUUUCAAGAAAGGCGCUUCUCCUCCGCAUUGUUACGAACUCGGUGAAGUGGCGUGGUGUAAACGCGAAUCCGCAGCACGAGGAGAGAGUGAUAGGGGACCGUGGAAGUCGUCCGGAGAGUGGUUGAGGGCGGCAUUAAAUGAUGAGAUCCAGUCGGUGCAAAAGUUCCCAGAGGUUAUCGGGAAUGCCUAUAGCUUCGAGGCGGAUGAUUGGAGGAAGUGGGAUCUCGCUCAGAGGAUACUUCCGCAGAUGCUAGAGAGGGUCGGAGACGUGAUUGAGGAUGGUCUCGAUCGGUUUGGUGCUGGUCCCUUUGUCCUUUCCCAUAUGGAUCUCACACCACGUAACAUCAUCGUCGCUACAGAGGGUGUCCACGUAGGAAAGAUUACGGGUGUGAUUGACUGGGAGAUGGCGGCCACAACGCCUAUAUGGGCUCUCGUCUGCUAUCCUUUAUGGUUUGAUCACUUGGGCCUCACCAACGCCAGGCCUAGAGAUCCUGGAGAGGCACAGUUGUUCAAGGACACCUAUCUACGGGAGAUACAGAGGAGUACCGCACCUUCGGAGUCCGACAUUCUCGUAGUAAUACAAAACGCGAGAGCUGAGAGGAGACGGCGAUUUGCGGAGGUUGCUCUACUUCCAUGGCCCAGGGUGGAUGCAAUGCUCGCUUGGAUGGAACAAUAUCCACCUGCAGGUGAAACCGGAGCCUUUUGA